AUGGCAAAAAAGGCGGAUCGACUGAAGGAGUUAAACAAUAUUGAUGCAUGUAAUGCAGAGUUUUGUGAAACUCUAACAUCGUCAUACAACCUUGAAGAUUUUUUUCCAGAAGAACCUUACUUAGUAUCAAUUUUCAAGAAUUAUCGUAGCCGCAAACUAAAUGAACUGACACUUUUCUGGUGUUUUUUUAUCACAUUCAUGCACUGGUCAUCCGACAGCAAACUAUUCGACAAAGAUACGUAUGAUUAUAUUAUUAUCAAACUGUACGGCGUACUUCGUGGAGAUUCUGUCUCUCACAAGUCUGGCUACAUUAGACCUAUACGACAAGCUUUCGAUUUUAUCGAGAAAUACUUCAAAGAAAAAUUUACUGACUCUCAUCACAAUGUCAAUUCUAGUUGUAUUGAAAGUUUAACGGCGGCAAAGCUUAUUACUGAACNAUAA